AUGUGCAGCAAAAUUCAAACCAAAACAUUAGUUAACAAAUUAUCUUCAUCAUCUCCUGAUUCUAUUCCUCAGGAUCUUCAUUUAUCUCAAGGCCUCCUAGAUCCCAGUCAAUCAUCCCUAACAGAUAUCCUCCACAAAGUCCCCGACGCCGAAAUUCGCAACAUUAUUACUGCAUUCUUCAGAAUCAGCUCUGAGGCAUGCAAAAUAUUUGAGACAAUUCUCAAAAGCAUUCAUCAAACAAGGGCUACUUACACUGCAAUGGGAAAAGUACUGGAGCAAUUGAAAGAAAUGCCUGAUGAUGAGGAUGAUGAUCAACGAGAUAACUUAUAUGGAAGCCUUACAUCUUUCGCUCUACUUGAAAAUCCCUUAGCGGUGAUUGGCCAAUUGCAUUUUCAAGAUAUUCAUGACAAGCUACAUCGGUCACUAAAACAAUUCACUUCGCGAGGAAAAUAUAUUCGGAGGAGGAGAAUCCUGGUGCGACGUUGCAAGAAAAUCGCGGGGAUUACACUAGUUGCUGUUGGUUUUGCGUUGAGUAUUGCCUUGACAAUCCUUACCAUUCACAGUUCAGUAGGCAUUGUGGCGUUACCGGGUUUAGUUUCAAGUUCUCUGGGCUUGUUCUUGAAGUCGCUCAAGAAAAGGAAACGAGGGCUAACUAGGAUUAAGACCCUCGAGACAUUCGAAACUCAAAUUGACAAUGCUGCUAAAGGGAUCUUUUUGCUAAUGAAUGAUUUUGACACCAUGAGUCGGCUAAUGAUUAGGUUACAUGAUGAGAUUGAACACAGUAAAUUUAUUGCUGAUUUGUAUUUGAAGAGAAAAAGCAAUGAAAUGCUGGAAGAGGUAUUAAAGGACUUUCGGAUCAACAAAAAUGAAGUGAUCAAUCAACUGGAGGAGGUUGAGGAUCAUGUAUACCUUUGCAUACUCAACAUCAACAGAUCAAGACGACUGUUAACUCAAGAAGCAGAUGUUCAUUAA